GUUUCAUAUCGUUUCGUUUUAAUUGUCCUUGUAGAUAUGUUCCGUUUCAUUUCCCAGUCCGUCGCCAGACGCGGACCAGCACAAGUCCUUUCAAGACCAUACUCCUCCAUAAUCUCGGUCCACAGAGACACUCCAAAGGAUAGCCAAUCCACCCCAUUUGAAUUUUCCAAGGAAAACUUGGAUAGAGCAAAGGAAGUCAUUGCCAAAUACCCAGCACAAUACAAGAAGGGUGCUGUCAUGCCUCUUUUGGACUUGGGCCAACGUCAACUUGGGUUCACCUCCAUUUCAGUUAUGAACUAUGUGGCCAAACUUUUGGAUAUGCCUCCAAUGAGAGUGUAUGAAGUUGCUACUUUCUACACCAUGUACAACAGAAAGCCAAUGGGUAAAUACAACAUUCAAGUGUGUACCACCACCCCAUGUCAACUUUGUGGUUCUGACGAUAUCAUGAAGGCUGUUACCGAAACUUUGGGUGUCAAGCCAGGUCAAACCACUGCUGAUGAACUCUUUACUUUCCAAGAAGUUGAAUGUUUGGGUGCUUGUGUCAACGCUCCAAUGUUGGCUGUUAACGAUGAUUUCCACGAAGAUUUGACUGCUGAAAAGACUACCCAACUUUUGAAUGAUCUUAAGGCCGGUAAGGACGUUACCCCAGGUCCAGUUUCUGGAAGAGUUUCAUGUGAACCACAUUCUGGUGCUAAGGUCUUGUUGGGUGAAGAACCAACUGACUUGAGAAAGUUCACCAGAUCUGAUUUAUAAAUCAAUUCAUUCCCAUAUUCACAUUAACCCCUUCACUCCUUGUUGAUUUCCAAGAAGAAAGCAAAUAAAGAGAUCAAUCCAUAAAUUAACACCAUGAUUCUGCAUAAGCUGGUCAACCGGAACUUUCCGGGUUCCACUAC